AUGCUAUCCUCUGUUGUAUUUUGGGGACUUCUUGCCCUUAUUGGCACUUCCCGGGGCUCCUUUCCUUUUACUCACAUGAUGAACCCUCACCUACGUCCUCAUCAGUACCAUGGGUGCUAUGGGGACAUUACAAGCAUGGACACCUCUGGGGCUGCCUGUGACAUAGACCGGCUGAUUAACUGUGGGAUUCGUGGUUCUGAAAUGUUUGCUGAGAUGGAUUUGAGGGCAGUAAAAUAUUACCGGGUUAUGAUCAAAGAAGUUGGGCAGAGGCACUGUGUGGACCCAGCCCUCAUUGCAGCCAUCAUCUCCAGAGAAAGUCAUGGCGGUGCCGUCCUGCAAAAUGGCUGGGAUCACAGUGGACUUAAAUUCGGUUUGAUGCAGCUGGAUAAGAAAAUUCAUCCCCCUGUUGGUGCCUGGGACAGUAAAGAACACCUGUUGCAGGCUGCUGGUAUUCUAUCAGAAAGAACUAAAGCAAUACAGAAAAGAUUCCCCACGUGGAGUGUGGCUCAGCACCUCAAAGGUGGUCUUUCAGCCUUUAAGUUGGGAGUUGAAGCUGUUGCCAAUCCUGUGGAUAUAGAAAAUGACUAUGCCAAUGAUAUUCUUGCCCGAGCUAAAUUCUAUAGAAGACAUGGUUUCUAG